UGUUGUGAUUAUAAAGUUGAAAAUGCAUUUUCCCUUUCUCUACUCUCAUUAGUAAUUACAGUAAUUAACGACCCCCAUAUCACAAUAUAGUGUAUGUAUAUUCCAGACUUUGUUAUGUUUUCCAUAAAGUUAUGCUAAAUUGUACUGGAGCUCCUAGAUGUAACUAAUUGAACACGUGCUCUAUUAUACAAGUAUUCAACUUAAUCAUGCUCUCAUUAUCAUAUAGUUGCAGUUAUUAGACCUGGACCCUUUGUUGAAAACUUUAAGAGUAAGGACCUCAGUGAGUCAUUGCUAAUGCCAAGUUGCCAACCACUAUCUACCAUAUUUUGGUGCACAUACUAAAUAUUCAUGGACAAAUUUUAUGACCUUUCUGGCACCUAAAUAUAUAUGGACCCAUGUUAGUUUGCUGAUUAAUACAGUGGCUGAUGGCUCUGUCUGAGUAUCAUGAUAAUCAUAUUGGUUUUGAUCUCAUUAAUUUUCCUGGUUUGUUUCUGCAAUGUUCAAAUCUUUUUAGCAUUGGUUUUGGAAAGGAGUUCUUACAACAGGAUAUUUGCAUGCAAGAUUGUCCUGUCUCCUUUCAUUCUUUCCAGUCCAAGGUGAGCUCUUUGUCACAGGUUGACAGUUUCCGCGAUGCUAGAGUGCAACGAAUCCUAGAUGAAGCAUUUCCCUUGCAUGUCUGCUGGUACUAGCGCAUACAUAUUGGUGCAGAGAGAAAGGUGAAGAUGGAGGAUCUGUUGACCUUUUUCUGUGGUGCAAGGAACAAUUCCGAUGAGCCUAACCAGUUUAUGUCUCUCAUUGAUCCUUCGUCAUGUGUCAACCAUGUUGCCAUUAUUUGUUUUGAUCUACUACUUCUAGCAGUGCUGCUGUGGAACUUAAUUUGCAAAAUUACUUCCAAGAAACUCGAGAUUCGAGCUCGUUACAGACAGUUUUCAACUCUGCAAAUAUCAUCAGCUGUUUUCAAUGGAUGUUUGGGACUACUUUACGUAGGCUUUGGCAUUUGGAGUUUGGAGGAUAAGUUGAGAAAUGAUCAUUCAAUUUCACCAAUUCAUUCCUGGAUUCGAUUUUUCUCCCAUGGAGUUACAUGGUUGUUGGUGGGAUUAACAAUAAGCCUUGAUAGAAAUUUCCCCCCUAAAUCCCCAUUGCUAAUCUUGUCAAUUUUGACUUUUAUUUUUGCUGGGAUAUUCUGUUUUCUGCCUCUUUUGGCAGCCAUGGUGAACCAUGACAGGGUAGCAGUUACAGUGGCCUUAAAUAUUUUGUCUUUUCUAGGAGCAAAUUUUCUAUUGUUAUGUGCUUACAAGGGGUAUAAAUAUGAAGAAUGUGGGGAGGCUAGCAUUGCAAGUACUCUUUACACUCAUUUGAACGCCGAAGCUGAUUGCAGCAUCAGUGAAAAUGAUGCAGCUUCUCAAGUUACCCCGUUUGCCAAAGCGGGGUUGUUCAGUGAGAUGUCGUUCUGUUGGUUGAACCCUUUGAUGAAAUUGGGCAAGCAGAAAACGCUUGAGGAGGACAACGUACCCAUACUAAGGGACAUAGAUAGAGCAGGGUCUUGUUACUUGUUGUUCCUUGACAAGUUCAGUAAAAAUAAAACAGAACCAUCAGAAUCCUCAAUUAUGUGGACCAUUAUUGCAUGCCAUUGGAGGGAGAUUGUAAUGUCAGGGUUCUUUGCACUUCUGAAGACACUAACAGUUUCAGCUGGACCACUUUUGCUGAAUUCCUUCAUUGAGAUUUCUGAGGGAAAAGAAGCUUUCAGAUACGAAAGUUAUCUUUUGGCAAUUUCACUCUUUCUGUCAAAGAUCUUGGAAUCAUUGUCACAAAGGCAAUGGUACUUCAGGAGCAGGUUGAUUGGCCUUAAAACAAGGUCCAUGCUCACUGCAGAAAUUUACAGGAAACAACUACAAUUAUCAAAUGUUGCAAAGAUGAUGCACUCUGGUGGUGAGAUAAUGAACUAUGUAACUGUGGAUGCGUAUAGGAUUGGGGAGUUCCCUUUUUGGUUUCAUCAGACUUGGACAACUAUCCUUCAACUUUGCUUGGCAUUGAUUAUUUUGAUCUAUUCAGUUGGAAUUGCAACUGUUGCAUCGUUAAUAGUGAUUGUUCUAACUGUGGUUUGCAACGCUCCUCUUGCCAAAUUACAGCACAAGUUACAAAGCAAGUUGAUGGCAGCUCAAGAUUCAAGGCUGAAGGCUUGCUCAGAGGCUCUUGUGAACAUGAAGGUGUUAAAGUUGUAUGCUUGGGAAACUCACUUCAAGAAUGUAAUUGAGAAAUUGAGGGAAGUUGAAUCUAAAUGGUUAUCAGCAGUGCAGUUGAGAAAGGCAUACGCCAUUUUUCUGUUUUGGACAUCUCCUGUAUUGGUCUCUGCUGCUACAUUUGGGGCAUGCUAUUUCCUGAAAGUUCCUCUACAUGCUAGUAAUGUUUUCACUUUUCUUGCAACACUGCGUCUGGUGCAAGAGCCUGUCACAGUUAUCCCUGAUGUCAUUAGUGUAAUUAUUCAAGCAAGAGUUGCAUUUGCACGAAUUGUGAAAUUUCUUGCAGCGUCAGAGCUUCAAACUGAAAAUGUCAGGAAAAUGAGCAAUAUGACAAGCAAAGACCAUACAAUUCUCAUGAAGUCAGCAAAUCUUUCGUGGGAGAUUAAUCCAUCAAAGCAAACACUAAGAAACAUAAAUCUAUAUGUUCGUCCUGGUGAAAAGGUAGCUAUAUGCGGAGAAGUAGGAUCAGGAAAAUCAACAUUAUUAGCUGCAAUUCUUGGAGAAGUACCAUAUGUAGACGGAAUUGUGGAAGUUUAUGGGAGAAUCGCGUAUGUUUCCCAAACGGCUUGGAUCCAAACAGGGACAAUACGCGAAAAUAUUCUUUUCGGGUGUGAUAUGGAUGACCUGAGAUAUCAAGAAACUCUUCGUAGGUGUUCAUUGGUGAAGGAUUUGGACCUUCUUCCUUACGGUGACAUGACUGAAAUAGGAGAAAGAGGAGUUAAUUUGAGUGGUGGGCAGAAGCAACGAAUUCAACUUGCUCGUGCAUUAUAUCAAGAUGCUGAAAUUUAUCUUUUGGAUGAUCCAUUCAGUGCUGUUGAUGCACACACUGCAACUAGCCUCUUCAAUGGCUAUGUUAUGGAAGCUCUUUCUGGAAAGACAGUCUUACUUGUGACGCAUCAAGUUGAUUUUCUUCCUGCUUUUCAUUGUUGUUUGCUGAUGUCAGAUGGUGAAGUCCUUCAGGCAGGAACUUAUCACGAGUUAGUAGCUUCAAGUCCGGAAUUUUUGGACCUUGUAAACGCGCACAAAGAGACUGUUGGUACAGAGAUACUAGCUGAAGUGAGCACCAUUGAUAAACAUAACUAUUCACCUAAAGAGAUCAAGAGAGAACCCAACAUUGAGGAACAACAUCAAGAAUUAAAAGGGGAUCAGCUAAUUAAACUAGAAGAAAGAGAAACUGGAGACACUGGUCUUAAGUCAUACUUAAUCUAUCUGAACCAAAAUAAAGGCUAUUUCUACUUUUCCAUAUUUGUUCUUGCUCAACUUAUCUUUGUCGUUGGUCAGAUUUUACAAAGCACUUGGAUGGCUUCAGGAAUUGAUGAUCCUUAUGUCAGCAAAUCAAAAUUGAUUGUGGUUUAUGUCAUCAUUGGGUUCUUCUUGACAUUCAUGAUACUCAUAAGAACUUUAUCUAUGGUUUCAUUAGCAAUGGAGUCAUCAAAAUCAUUUUUUUCUAAGCUGUUGAACUCUGUAUUUCGUGCUCCAAUGUCCUUUUAUGACUCUACACCUAUCGGAAGGAUACUAAGUCGGAUCUCUUCUGAUUUGAGCAUUGUUGAUCUUGAUAUUGCCUACAGUUUCCAAGCAGCCUUUGGAGGUUCUACUUUUGUGUAUGCGUAUUUAGGAGUGUUGUGCGUCAUUACUUGGCAGGUCUUAUUCGUUACUAUACCAGUGAUUUACUUUGCUAUACGAUUGCAGAGAUACUACUUUUCAACUGCAAAAGAGUUGAUGAGACUCAAUGGUACAACCAAGUCCAUGGUUGCAAAUCAUUUAGCCGAAUCUGUAGCAGGAGCAGUAACAAUCCGAGCUUUUCAAGAGGAAGAACGUUUUUUUGCUAAGAAUCUCAAUCUUAUUGAUAGAAAUGCAACCCCAUUUUUCCACAAUUUUGCAGCCACUGAAUGGCUGAUUCAGAGAAUUGAAACCCUUAGCGCCAUUGUUCUUGCAGCAGCAGCACUGUGCAUGGUUUUGCUUCCUCCCGGUACUUUAAGCUCAGGCUUCGUUGGAAUGGCUCUAUCAUAUGGUCUUGGGAUAAAUACGAUGAUGGUUUACUCCAUCCAACAACAAUGCACAUUAGCAAACUACAUAGUUUCUGUGGAGAGGCUUAAUCAAUACAUGUAUAUACCCAGUGAAGCACCAGAAGUCAUCCAUGAUAGUCGCCCUCCACAACAAAACUGGCCAUUAGUUGGUAAAGUGGAAAUAUGUAACCUACAGAUAAGAUAUAGACCAGAUGCACCACUGGUUCUUAAAGGAAUUAGUUGCGUGUUUGAAGGGGGAGACAAAAUUGGUAUUGUUGGUAGGACAGGAAGCGGGAAAACUACCCUAAUAGGGGCAUUGUUUCGCCUAGUGGAACCAGUUGGAGGGACUAUUAUAGUUGAUGGCAUUAAUAUAUGUUUGAUAGGACUUCACGAUUUGAGGUCACGUUUGGGAAUUAUCCCUCAAGAUCCAACUCUGUUCGAUGGCAGUGUACGGUUCAACUUGGAUCCGUUGUGUCAACAUAGUGAUGGCGAAAUAUGGGAGGUGCUUGGAAAAUGUCAACUCAAAGAAGCUGUUCAAAAGAAAGAGGAGGGCUUGAAUUCGUUUGUUAUGGAGGAUGGAAUAAAUUGGAGCAUGGGACAACGACAACUAUUUUGUCUAGGCCGUGCUUUACUAAGAAGAAGCAAGGUAUUGGUGCUGGACGAAGCAACUGCAUCAAUCGAUAGUGCAACUGACACGAUUUUACAAAGAACAAUACGAACUGAAUUUGCAGGUUGCACCGUGAUCACAGUAGCCCACAGGAUACCAACUGUGAUGGAUUGCACAAAGAUUCUUGGCAUUAGUGAUGGGAAAUUGGUGGAAUAUGAUGAACCCAUGAAGCUAAUGAAGGACGAAGAUUCAUUAUUCGGCCAACUUGUGAAGGAAUAUUGGUCUCAUUUCCAAUCUGUAGAUCAGUCACAUUGAUCGAAAAGGCAAUAACAUAAAACUUCAUCUACUGCCUUUUUUUUUUUUUUUUUUUUUUUUUUUGUGUUUUUUAGAUUUAUUUUCUACUUUCAUUUACCUCUUAAUUAAAAAAUGAUCAGGAUAUGAUCGUUGUUUUUGUUUGUUUUUGUUUUACUUUUUAAGAAAACCUAUGUUGCUCAGACUUUUAGUGGGGUCUCGUGUCCGACAAGGGAUCGGAGAAUCUGACACUCUAGAUGUAAUAAAUUUCAUACAAGAUCAUGUAUAUAUUUGAGUUUCAUGUCG